AUGAAGAUGCCAGUGGCAUUGGUAUGGCUACUGGCAUUCACCAACCUAUUAUCACUGAUCAGAGGAGAAACCAACAACGCCGUAUGCAAAGAGACUUUCAAGCUAGACCCGAGACCUCACAGCGUUUCCAUCCUCGAAUUCGGAGCCGUUGGAGAUGGCAAGUCGCUCAACACGCUCGCUUUCCAAAACGCCAUCUUCUACCUCAAGUCCUUUGCCGAUAAAGGCGGUGCUCAGCUUUACGUCCCUCCAGGGAAAUGGCUCACCGGUAGCAUCAACCUCACCAGCCAUCUCACUCUCUUCUUGGAGAAAGGCGCCACCAUUCUUGCUUCACCGGAUCCAUCGCAUUGGGACGUUGUUAGUCCUCUACCGUCAUACGGCCGCGGAGUUGAACUUCCAGGAAAGCGGUACAGAAGUUUGAUCAACGGAGACAAUCUACAAGACGUAGUCAUCACCGGCGAUAACGGUACAUUUGACGGUCAAGGAGCGGCCUGGUGGGAGUCGCUAGAGUCAGGAUCAUUAAACUAUAGCCGACCUCACAUCAUCGAAUUCGUCUCUUCCAAACACAUACUUAUAUCGAACCUAACCUUCUUAAACGCACCGGCGGUCAACAUCCACCCUGUUUAUUGCAGCCAUGUUCAUGUCCGUAAAGUUUUGAUCGAAACGUCCGUUGAAACUCCGUACGUUCUCGGAGUUGUGCCAGAUUCUUCGGAUAAUGUUUGUAUUGAGGACUCAACGAUCAACGUAGGGCACGACGCGGUCUCUCUCAAGAGUGGUUGGGACCAAUACGGGAUAAGCUACGGCCGUCCAACGACCGCUGUUCACAUUCGGAAUCUCAGCUUGAAAUCUCCCACCGGCGCCGGGAUCUCUUUCGGGAGCGAGAUGUCAGGGGGGAUCUCCGACGUGACAGUCGAGCUUCUCACCAUACGAAGCUCGCUCGUAGGCGUCGCCUUCAGAACCAGCAGAGGCAGGGGAGGGUAUAUACGUAAUAUCACGAUCUCCGACGUCGAUCUCUCCGGCGUAGGCACGGCCAUCGUCGCCGACGGACACGCCGGAUCGCAUGCGGAUGAUAAGUACGACCCGGACGCGCUCCCGGUCGUGGCGAAUAUCGUCAUGCGGAAUUUCACCGGAGAGGAUGUAGGAUUGGCCGGUAAUUUCACCGGGAUUGGAGAAUCUCCGUUCACGUCGAUCUGCCUCGCGGAUAUUCAUUUGCAAACGAGCUCGGAAGCUUGGGUGUGCUCGAACGUGUCUGGUUCCUCAGACGACGUAUCGCCGGAGCCUUGUGCAGAGCUUACGAGUUCCUCGUCGUCGUGCGUCGCUGGUGGUGUGAUAUACGGCGGAGAUACGGCGGGUCAGUGGUACUACAGUUGGUAA